GCGUCAUGUUGCAGUUUAUAGUGCGCUUUUGGGUAUCCGUCGGACUUUUGGCACUGCUGUGGCCGGGCUGCAUUUCCCGCACUGCAUCUGGCCCGGACACUAUUCAAGCCAAUACAACAAAUUCAUCACAAUCUUUGCCUGCCGAUAAAACAGCUGCUGCCUGUCAGAUUCCCGACUGCAAGGAAAUAGCCGCAAAGUUUCUCAGCCGGAUCGAUACCAAUGUCAAUCCCUGCGACGAUUUCUACCAGUUCAGCUGCGGCAAAUGGAUCAAAGCGCAAAAAGAAGACCAAGUGAGCGAGAUCUCAAAUCUGAACAACAAAACGCGAGCCAUCCUAAAGAAGCUUCUUACGGGAGAAAUAAAACCUGCUGGUCCAGCGUUCGAAGCCGAAACAAAGAUGAAAAAUCUGUACAAACAGUGUACUAACACAGCGGAGAUCGAAAAACUACGAGGUACUCCGUUGAUCAAAAUCCUUAACGAUUUCAACGGCGGCUGGCCGAUGAUUACACCAAACUGGGAUGCAUCGAAAUUCAACGUGUUCGACGUGCUGGUUAAAAACUAUUUCUUCAGCAACGAACCCUUCUUUUCGGUUACGAUUGUAAUUGAUGUGGAACAGCCGACAACCAGUGCGAUUAUACUGGAUGCAAUGGCACCCUUCGCUGACACCGAUGUUCUGCUGGACGAUGACGCGGCAGAACCGUACAUUCAGGGUUAUUUGUAUAGCAUUACAGAGGCCACCAAAUUAUUACUGCGCGAUAGCCAGCGGCCACAGAACGUGACAAAGCUGUCGCCCAACAUCACCGACAUUAUGGAGCUCGAACUGUUUUUGGGAAUGGAAGGGUUAACCGCGACGGAGAGGAAAAACGACGCCAUCUACCUGAAUAAAUUUACGCUGAAGGCCUUCAAGAACCAUAAUAAAUUUAAGUCCGCCAUUUUGCGCAACAUCACCGGGUAUCUGCAAGCGUACUUCGCCGUGGCCAACCAGUCUGAAGUCAUCACAGACGACACCAUCGUCACUGUGCCGUCGUUGCGCUACUGGAGCAAACUGGACGAUAAGCUGGUCGAGCUGGAGAAACAGGGAGCGGACGGCCGGCGCCGCAUGGCGAACUAUAUCGGCUUAAAACUUAUCUUCAUUGUGAUGCAGUAUCUGUCCAAGGAGUAUAAGAACCUUGUCGGCGCUUCAUCCACCAGUGUCCAGGACGACUGCUUGGAUGUUAUUAAAACCUAUAUGUCGCUGGCGCUGGGCACGCUGUAUGUUCGGGAUAUUGUACCCAAAGAUCUGAAGAAAAAGGCAACGUUGAUGGUCAACGAUAUUCAUGCCGGAUUCAAGGACCUUCUAGACGAUGCCAAAUGGAUGGAUAAAGCAACGUACGAUGCAGCCACAGAGAAACUGACGGCCAUUCAGGAGAUUGUAGCGUAUCCGGAUAUCAUGGUUACGAACACAUCGGCUAUCGAUUCGGACGUUAACAGGAUAAUGAUCCAGCCGACCUUCAUGGGCAGCAUCCUGCAGACCCGAAGAAACAAUAACAUCCGUGUCUUGCAGUCCUUCUCAACGCCAAAUCUCCGUUAUGAUCCGCUGGUUGACACCGACGACAUCACCAAAGUUAACGCGCAAUACUUAACCGGAAAGAAUCAACUGAUCAUCUUUGCGGGCAUUCUCGACAUUCCAUUCUUCAAGGCGGACGCGCCGCAGUACAUGAAUUACGGCGGUAUCGGCUACACUAUCGGGCACGAGUUGACGCAUGGGUUCGAUAACACCGGGGCCAACUAUGACUCCGAAGGAACGCGACGCAUGUGGUGGACUAACACGACUAUGGCAGAGUACAAGCGUCGCGCCAAAAGUAUCGUCCAGCAGUACAACCAGUACAGCAUGCCCACGGGAAAGGUCAACGGGCAGCUGACACUGGCAGAAAAUAUUGCGGAUAAUGGCGGUCUCCGGGCAGCGCUUAAUGGUUUCUGA